UCAGUUGCCAUUGCCGAUUUGUCAAUCGCCAACUUAUUAGAAAAGUGGAAAAGGCGUUCAAAUAAUUUUUCUUUUUCGUAAAAGAAAUUCAGUGUCCCUAAAAAUGUUAGCAUUGAUUAAUCGCAUCCUGGAUUGGAUUAAAAGCUUGUUUUGGAAGGAGGAAAUGGAACUAACUCUAGUUGGUUUACAAUAUUCGGGAAAAACAACUUUUGUGAACGUCAUUGCCUCAGGGCAAUUUAGUGAAGAUAUGAUACCUACAGUCGGCUUCAAUAUGCGCAAAAUAACCAAAGGCAAUGUUACUAUUAAGGUAUGGGACAUUGGUGGACAGCCCAGAUUCCGCUCAAUGUGGGAGAGAUAUUGUAGGGGAGUGAAUGCUAUAGUUUACAUGGUUGAUGCCGCUGAUCCAGACAAGAUUGAAGCAUCACGUAAUGAACUGCACAGUUUACUUGAGAAGCAACAACUGACUGGAAUUCCAGUUUUGGUACUUGGAAACAAGCGUGAUUUACCACAUGCUUUAGAUGAACAUGGCCUUAUUGAACGCAUGAAUCUCUCUGCAAUCCAAGAUCGUGAAAUCUGCUGUUACUCAAUCUCUUGUAAGGAGAAGGACAAUAUUGAUAUAACCCUACAAUGGCUGAUUGCACACAGUAAAUCUGGCAGUGCGCGUUAAUCACAUUCUCAAUUAACACAAGUCAUCCGGAACACUUGAGGCGCAGGCCUGCACCGGCGCUAUGCGCUUUACUCUAGCAGAUAAAUGUUGCACUUAUUUGGCCUAAGCGGUGUUUAUUAUUUACCACUCUUGCCAAAUAUCUUCACUAUACUCUUUAAGCUAGGAGAAAUUUUGAUCCUUAUCUUAGUAUUUAGGUUUCGUUGAGACCGAACUAGUCUAAUAGCAAAUUGUUGAAUUAACUGGCAACAUUUGAAUAUAACUUCGCCUUGUGUCGAAUGGAGACGACUUGUUGAAUUGCUGAUAGAGUUUUGCCAAAGCACUUAUCGUUUGUAAGACUUGCUAUUGAUUGUAUUGUGGUUAGUUUGCAGCUAGUGCAUUGAUAUGUGUUUUGGCAAAUUGUUAAAUUUUCAUAUCGAAUUAGAACCAAUUUGAUUGCUGAGAACAGUGUUUGCCGUCUUAGUUUCUGUAUGCUUCAUAGGGUUUAUUUUUUCUUAAUAUUAGUCCAUUUUUACACAAUUUAAAUUCAAGUGAUUAAUACAGAAAUUUAGUAAUAUUACAAAUAAUGUAAUAGAUUAUGACAAAACAGACUCAUGGCAUAUCAUGUUGAUGUGAUAAUUCGGUAUGAAGUUGUUCGAAUUCCUUUAGAUAUAUUAACUUAGCUUGAGUCGGUGCACUCUCUAUUAUAACUUGUGUUUCAUAUUAUAUUUAAUUUUGAUAUCACGGCCGUGUGAAUGGAAUAAUAUAAAAUAUCGAAGGCGUGUAUACUAUAAUUAAAUGUGGCAUCUUUUAAAUUUAUAAAAACUUUAUACUCGAAAUUGUUACCAUUAUAGCUGAGAAAAAAUUGGUAAUUUAUUAUUCAAGAAUUAGUUACGAUUAUUUAUUUUAAUCAUUAAAUAUAUAAAAUUAUA